CGCACUAAUUUAAAAAGACAAGAAAAGUACAAAAUCAGUGAACUAACUCGCUCUGUAAAUGAUCAAACAUGCAUGGUCAUCUCUCUAAUUUCUACCACUUCUGUUACCACCUCUACAACCGCAUUUACAGUUUGGAACUUUGCCCCCUCACUCAACAACAGUGUCCAAUUUGUAGAUUUGUCUUCAGGGUCUCCAGGCACAGCAGUGGAGCCACAACGUAGACAGAGACAGUCUCAGCCUCAGAUAACUACGGGACAGAGGAGACAGAGAAGAAAGAGUAAUCUUCUGUUUAUUUCGUCGGAGAAUCCUCUUUGUCGUGGACUUUAAAGUAAAACCUUACCUUCGUCUGUUGGCUGCAACAAAAAGCAAUCACAACUGGUCGUGUGGUACCACUUGGAUCUGAUGGAAAAGAUUCAAUGUGAAGCCUGGGGACCAUCGCACACAGAGAGGAUUAAUUCUUCAUGAAGAGGGAUGUGCCAUUUUAUCAUUGAAGGAACUUUAUUUAAGUUAGGUGGAAGAUUUUCAUUACAAUCCUGACCAGAAAUAGACUUGGAGUUGGAUUUAUUUCCUCGGAACUGGAAAAACGGAUAUCAGCAUAGAAGACAAAACUUUAUAUCACUUCUCUGAAAACCUACACUAAACUUGUAUGGUUCAUCUCAGGGCUUCAGUAGGUUCUGGGCUUUUGUAAAAGAAAUCUUUUACCUUUUUCUGAUACAGCUGGAACACACAAGCUAGUUUUAGCCAUGGCGGAGAGGAGACGGAUGGGCUACAGCGUGCACAGGGAGAUCCUGGACGAAGGAGCAGUGGAUGAGCUGGCAGUAAAGUCUGACUCAAAACCAUCUCUGUCUGAGAAGGUCAAAAAGUCAAUGAGGUGUUCUGGUCCCAGGUUGAAGAGCUGCAUGCUGGGUAGCGUUCCUGUUGUAUCGUGGCUGCCUCGUUACUCCAUCAGAGAAAACGCCCUGGGCGACCUGAUCUCUGGAAUCAGUGUGGGGAUCAUGCAUCUGCCGCAGGGUAUGGCGUAUGCCCUGCUAGCAUCUGUUCCUCCAGUCUUUGGCCUUUUCUCUUCCUUCUACCCAGUCCUCGUCUACUUCAUCUUUGGCACGUCCAAGCACAUCUCCAUCGGAACAUACGCGGUGAUGAGUGUGAUGAUAGGAGGGGUGAUAGAGCGAUUAGCCCCAGACUCCAACUUUAUGAUAUGGGACAACGCGACCAACUCCAGUAUAGUCGACAUCAUCUCCCGGGAUGCAGAGAGGGUCCGAGUGGCUGCAGCUGUCACCUUCAUGUCUGGGAUAAUUCAGAUUCUGCUCGGUCUGGUCCAGUUUGGUUUCGUGGUGACCUACCUGUCUGAGCCGCUGGUCCGAGGUUACACCACAGGAGCUGCCAUCCACGUCAUCGUGUCCCAGCUCAAAUACACCUUUGGCAUCAGCCCUGUGAGAUACAGUGGAGCCUUCGCAUUGAUCUAUACUGUGGUGGAGAUUUGCUCUCUCAUUCCACAGACAAACAUUGGUACUCUUGUGGUCAGUAUCGUCGCUAUAACCGGCCUCAUCCUCGCUAAGGAGCUCAACGCUUACUUGAGUAAAAAACUACCUGUUCCUAUACCUGUGGAGCUGCUUGGUGUUGUUAUUGCCACAUUGGUCUCCUGGCAAGUUAAUCUGGAGGAGAAAUAUGGAGUGGAUGUGGUGGGAGUGAUUCCCUCAGGCCUCCAGCCGCCUGUUCUCCCAACUGCCUCUCUGUUUAGUCAGGUGAUCGGGGAUGCCUUCGCUCUGUCUGUGGUUGGCUACGGCAUCGCCAUCUCACUGGGACGAAUCUUCGCUCUAAAAUAUGGAUACAAGGUGGACAGCAACCAGGAACUAAUCGCCCUCGGUCUGAGUAACUCCAUCGGAGGAAUUUUCCAGUGUUUCGCCAUCAGCUGCUCCAUGUCUCGCACCAUGGUUCAGGAGAGCACAGGAGGGAAGACUCAGGUUGCUGGCGCUCUAUCAGCAAUAGUUAUCCUUUUCAUCACGCUCUGGAUUGGAACGCUCUUUGAAGAUUUGCCGAAGGCAGUGCUGGCCGCCAUCAUCUUUGUCAACCUCCAUGGCAUGAUUAAGCAAUUCAUGGACAUCCCUGCUCUGUGGAAGAGCAACAAAGUAGACAUGGUGAUCUGGGUGGUCACCUUCAUCCUCACCGUGCUAUUCAACCCCGACCUGGGACUGGCUGGUGCCAUCGGUUUCUCAAUGCUCACCGUCAUCUUCCGGACACAGCUACCUAAAUACUCCAUAUUAGGGCAGGUCCCAGACACUGACAUCUACAGGCCGCUGGAGGACUACGAUCAGGUGAAGCCAGUGCCAGGGAUUUUGAUCUUCCGUUCCUCUGCCACCCUCUACUUCGCCAACGCUGAGAUGUACCAAGAAGCUCUUGGAGAGAAGUCUGGGAUUGACAUUACCAAGAUCCUGUCAGCAAAGAAGAAACUAGAGGCCAAAAGGAAGAGGCAUGAGAAGAAAAUGGCCAAGAAAGCUGCCAAGAAGAACGCAGUGGACAUGGAGUUGGAGCCAGAGAUGGAGGAGCAGAAGGACAUCGCCAUCAUUGAGAUGGACGCUGAGCCCGACACCUCACUCCCCAGAGCCAUCGUCCUCGACCUCAGCCCCGUCAACUUCCUGGAUACUGUGGGAGUCAAGGCGCUACGCAGCAUCCAGAGAGACUAUGGAGAAAUUGGUAUAGAGGUGGUUCUCGCCGGCUGCCAAACUGGUGUCGUGGACAACCUGCAGACUGGAGGUUUCUUUAACGACAAAGUGACAAAGUCCUGCCUCUUCUCCACCGUCCAUGACGCUGUUUUGCACUGUCAAUCUGCCAGAACGCACAGCCAUGAUGAGGGGAUGAACUACUGUCGUGACCUGGACUGCAAAUUGAUUGCCCACAGCAAGAUGGUUGGGGGGUGGGUGGAAAUGGAGAUCACAGCGACACAUUUGUGAGUCCUGAGAGGAACGAUGGAGGAUAUUAAGAAGAAGUGUCAGACACUCGUUUUAUCCAGUGAGCUUCAGAUUUCUGGGACACCCGUCUGUCACAAACACAGACACUCAAACCUGCAGACGCACACAAAUUGUAACGAACACGAUACAGGAAGACAAAAACAACAGAAUGACAAAGAUAUGACUACAGAGUACACACCCAGAGUCUUACAAUAAUAUACCGUGCUGGAGGAGUCAUGCAAAAACAACAAAAGCAUACAGUUAAAGCAUAUUAAUACAGAUUGAUAUUCCUCUGUGAUGUAUUUUUAGCCAACUUUGCAUGCUGUUUUAAAAUUGAAGUUAUUAGAUUGCCUUUAAUCAGUAAGAAAUACCUGCAUGGAUGAUUUAUUUAUGAAAAUCUAAAAAUCUGCCAAUGUUCAUGCACUUACAUGGAAAAGAAAUAUUAUUUUACUUAGUCAAAAGCUCCUCAUUGAAUGGGAACGUUCAUUUCCUUUCCAAACACAAACCGUUUUGAUUGAAUCUUCCAAAGAAGACAUUUUGAUUUGGUGACGCAACGACAGGAAAUCUCCAAAAACCUCUGAAAAGAUCUGGACUGAUGAAACUGAUGCCUCAAAUAUGGAUGUUCUCCUUUCCUGUGUCACCGGGACCGGCUGCUUCAUUCACACUCAGACUCCAGUCAACACCUUGUUUAUCUGCAGACGUGUUCAGUGAAUUUGUUUUAUACUUUACAAGGAGUUGUUCUCUGUUC